AUGGCGGUAGACAUGUUUGAAGAAGGAAACUCAACCUCACAUACUGAAACAACAAAUUCUAACACUCCUCCUUUUACCAGUUGGAUCUCCAUUGUUUCUUUCUGCAGACUCCUACAGAUUUCGGUCGCCUUUCUGCUAGCUUUGUGGUCCGCUUUUCCGAUUCAGGUGGAGGAUGAAUCUCACGGUGAAUUGGAAGAAAUUUUGACUGAUCAGAACAGGAUCAAUUCCCAGAAGAAACUCGAUCCUUGUGAAUCGAGAUGUUUAUGUUUGAAGUUCUCACAAGAGAUUGCCCCAUUGGUAUUUACCGGAGAGUGUAUUUUUCCCAAUGGUACCAAAUUGGAAUUGGUUGAUGCUGCUACAGGACAACAAGUGAGACAUGGGCCCCUAGCCUCAUCAGCACAAAUUGAAAUAUGUGUACUUAAUGAUGAAAAUUGGACAAUUGAAGAACUAAAUAGUCAUAUUAUGGUGCAAACAAGAGGGUGUGACCAAAAUCCAUAUCUUAGGUUGGAAGGAGGCGUUGUUUCUGUCAACGAAAUUAAAUUCAAACAUACUCCAAAGCAUAUGAAGAAGUUGGACGUCGUAAAGCUAGGAGCAAGGGUUGUCGAUGAACCUAAAGUGAUAGAGGCCGUGACAGGACCCUUUACAGUCAAGGAUCAACGUUUAAAAAGCAAGAAGCGGUACCCUCCAUCACCAACGGAUCAUGUAUGGAGUCUAGAGCAUAUUUGCAAAUACGGUGCUUUCCAUAAGCGGUUGACUGAAAGCGUUAUCAAAACAGUGGAGGAUUUCCUAAUUGAACUCCAAAACAAUCCUCAGAGGCUACGCCAUAUCCUUGGCAGAAGCAUGUCCGAAAAUUAUUGGAAAAAAGUUACAACGCAUGCUAAGACUUGCAAUCUUGAUGGAAGGAAGUACUUGUACCAUCAUCUAGAAACGGAACAAAAAUUUACGGUGGCGUUUGAUGUUGCUGGUCAGGUGAUGUGGUUGGACUCAGGGUGCGGUUUACUUCAUUUCAACAUGCUUCCUGAAAAUCAAAAGGCGUAUGCACAAAAGUUAGUGGAAACUGCAUUUGCAAACUGGGAAAAUGUUGAAAAAUCGGACAACGAGAUUUCUACUAUUGUAUCACCCUCUCCGAGGAUAGGGGGCAUGAGCAGCUGUCACCUGGGAAAUUUGGUCACGGUUGACGAAUGCCAGUCUUUAGAGUUUCAAAAUACUUCAGGAACAACUGAAACUUACCGGAGUGCUGAAUGUUCUACUUCUUAUGCAUUUGUUGACCGGCAAUCAGUGUCAGAUGAGAUGUCUGUUGCUAUCACUUCUCCUGGCCAUUCAGGUUUUGAUCCUUUGGGGUAUCAAAAUUCCCCCAACGAUAUCACAUCUGCGAUUUCAGAAUCAGGAGAUUGGGAGGAACUUAUUCAAUAUCUUAGUUCUGAUGCAAUUCAAUUUGAUGAUUUCUCAUAUAGAGAGCUUGGUCAAACCAACAACUCCGCUGCUGAAACAAUUGCAACACAGUUUCAUCAUCUGCAGCAUGGUGUGGCGACGGAUCUUUCACAAAACCAAUUCAUGGUUUCAGAAAAUGUGCACAAUGAAGAUAGCACAAAUACUAAUCAACAACGCCCAAUGAACAACGUUUCGAUUGUUCAAGAGGCCUCUACGUGCAAAGACAAGUACAAGAAGAUUUGGAUCAAAAUAACUAGCAUAGUGAAAUGGUUAGCACUGAACAGGUUUGUUAAACUUAAAAAGGUCCGUAUGAGCAAGAAGCGCAAAUUAAUUUCCAAAUGAGCCACAGCAAAAAACAAGAACCACUGGCUCUGUCCCAUUUAGCUAUGGUGGAAACCAAUCAACAGUCAUCAGAGUUCUGUAACGUCUGAUGCUAAUUUCAGCGCUUAUUUUAGCUCAUCGCUGAAAUUAGUGUUUAUGUGUGUGAUGUUUAUGAAUAUCUUGUGGUCAUGUUUCAACAUGAACUAUUUGACA